AUGGCAGAUCUCCUCCGCACCAUCCCUGACGACGACGACGACGACGAGCAUCCGAUGAGGGAGUCCUCGCACCCCGCCGAGCCCAUGAAGCCCUCCGGCUUGGUGCUUCAGAAGAGGGUGAGGGAGUACGCCGCCGUGGACCAGCCCACGACGGUGGUGAAGAAGAAGAAGGGGCGACCGCAACCCCAGAGACCCAGCACCCUGUCGCGGCCAUGCCUCCUCUGGCGUGGAAGGAUGCCGAUGGAGAAGGAGAUCUCCAUAGCCAAGUCAGCUCCUGUGGGGCCCGCCCCCAGCUCACUUGCUGAGGUCGCGAAGGCUCAGGAGCCCCCGGCCCCUUCUGCUUCUGCUAACCUGCAGGCAUUGGUGCCAACACCAUCUUCUCCCCCUUCCAUCGUACCGCUGGGACGUGAUCCUCCUGCAUCGCCUAAUGCUCUGGGGCACGCCCUUUUCGCGCUGACCCAGCUUCAUGAUGACCUUCAAGGUGCCGACCGCCGGCUGGCGUCGGGGCGACUAGAGUUGGCCGUGGCAGCCUCCGAGGUGGCGUUGAAGGAUGCCGAGGCUGCCAAGGAGCGCUGCCAGGUGGCGGAGGCCGAGCUGGAGACCCUGCGCAACGAGCGCGCCGCCGAGGCCCGUCAGCGCGAGGCGUGGGAGGAGAAGCUGAAGGCUCGAGAAGACGCGGAGCGCGAUCACCUAGAGAAGCUGAAGCAGGAGGUGGAGGCGGAGAAGGUCCUGCUGGAGGCCAAGGCAAACGUCCUUACCAACGAUCAUGCUGCCUUCGAUUCCCUCGAGAAGAGGUCCUGCAAGGCUUUGCGGGAACUCUACGUAAGGGGGUUGAAGGAGCCGUUGGUGACUGCUGAGGAAGGCCCUGCCGAGCUCCUCCCCCAGCUGGUCACGGCUUUUGAGGGUGUGGCCAAUGGGGUCGGCCCCAUGGUGGAGGGGGGCCUGGCCCCGCGCAUGUCUCAGCUGCCGUUGGGUCGUCCAGAUCACCACGACGAGACCAUGGGGUGA